AUGUUGGCUAUGAAGGAGGACCUGGGCGACGGAUCGCCCGUUGCGAAGAGUGAAGAGGAAUUUUCACGUUCGGUGAAUGAUGACAACGAACACAAGCGUUCCCGUCCGUUUAAGGCGCCAGAAUUGCAAAGCAUUCCACCAUCGUACAACGCACGCGAUGCUCAAGAUCUUCAGAGAAUUCAGGAGGGUUUCCUGAGAAAAUACCUGUCCAGUCAUGGAAGUUCAGAAGAACGAGAUGAGGCGCAGGUGGUGGAGAAAUACUGUUCCACAAAAAAGCUAAAUGGAGUUGGAGAACUUCUGGCCAGUCUCAGGAACCCUCCGAAGUGUCACAAAGAGAGAAUCGUGCUUGGUGCUGAUGGAAAACAAAUCAAAGCGCAAAGGGAAUGUCGUGCUUCGCUUUAUCACAUCAAUCCAUCUGAAGAGUUCGAUAAAUGCGUCAUACCACAAAUGAGUCAAGAAUUCUGCGCUCCAGAUAUCAACAUGGUACCUGCAUCUGCAAUGAGUGUGAAUGAAAUCCGAAAUCGUGUUCGCAAGAGCAUGUUUCGUUGCAAGGUCUGCAAAAAUCGAUUUGGAGAGAUGUUCUUAUUAGAGAAGCAUCUUCGUAAUAACCAUCCGAAAGCAUAUAUUGCAUUCUUGGAGGAGCAAAAGAAAUUAUGUGAAUACAUGGCAGAAAUGGAAAAAGAGCGAGGACGGAUGGAAGAAAUCGCCAGCGGCGGAUUCAUUCCUCCAGAGUCUGAAAUUGAAGAAGAAGCGAAUAGUGUGGAUGUUGAUACGAUUCCGUUGCCAGGAGAGAAUAGUCAGGGACAUGUUCCACGUUUGAAUCGUUAUGGUGGUCUCAUGUACCCGAUGGAUGCGAUUCGGAAGAAAUUCCCGUACUUCAAGAAGCGCUCUCCCCAAUGCCCAUUCUGUGAUAAACGCUUUCGCAACGACAUUUCCUUCACGAAUCACAUCAACAAAAAGCAUCCCGAAUGCACAGAAUUUGUGCAAUGUCUUCACUGCUUCAAGUGUGUUGCCACCCAGGAUGAACUCAAGGACCAUGACUGCGAUCUCACUUAUCUUUGCCUUGACUGCCGCCCGAUUCGCAAUAUGUGCACCGCCUAUCGUCUCUUCAAACAUCGCUCCAAGUUCCAUAGAGGCAACAACUCCGGUUUCCGUUGUCCAGACUGUCCACAGAAGUUUUUGACACCGAGAAAGCUGCGAAAGCAUCGAAAGCUGUGUCACAUUUUCACCAAAGUGUACCAGUGUCACUUCUGCGAGGAAUUCUUCAUUUCUGAAAUCGCUGUUACCGUUCACGAACGAGUGCACACUGGAAUUCUGAAGUUUGAGUGCACAGUUUGUGACUUCAAAUCUAGUCGCUAUAUGCAGAUGGAAGAGCAUCAGAAGGAUCACCAUGGCUACGUUUGCUCGGUUUGCCAAUGCAAGUGCCAAAACUGGAACGAUGUUAAGGACCAUAUGCUCACUGAACACUCGUGCUACAUCACCGGUGAAGCGUCGCACGCCUACAUCGAAUCACCACGUAUCUGGAUUAUGUACAAGGGAGAAUAA